AUGUCUAAGCUCAUCACCGUUUUUGGCGCUACCGGCGUCCAGGGUGGAUCCGUCAUCCGGGCCAUUCUCAACGACCCCGCUCUGUCCAAGGAGUUCAAGAUCAGGGGCAUUACUCGUGAUACCUCUAAGCCGGCCGCGAAGGAACUUGAGGCUCAGGGUGUUGAACUUGUAUCGGCUGAUAUGUCCUCGGCCGAACAAGCCGCUCCUGCCGUCAAGGGUGCCCAUUCCGUCUUCUUGAUCACCAACUUCUGGGAGAGCACCUCGGAGGAUGUCGAGGUCGCCCAGGGCAAAGCCGUCACCGACGCUAGCAAGGCCGCUGGCGUUAAGCACCUAAUCUUCUCCUCCCUGCUCAACACGACCGAAAUUAGCGGUGGUCGCCUGCCAAACAUCACUCACUUCGUUGGCAAGUCCAGGAUUGAGCAGUACAUCCGCGAUAGCGGUGUUCCCGCCACCUUUGUGCUGCCAGGCCUCUACAUGUCUAACAUGUUCACCAUGAUUAACAAGGGGCAAGAUGGAAACUAUACGCUGGCCCUCCCGGUGGAUUCAGAGAAUUCACAGGUCCCACUGUUUGACGCUGCUAGCGAUACUGGUAAAUUUGUCAAGGCUGCCAUCGAGAAGUACCCAAGCUAUGUCAACCAGCGAAUUUAUGCUGCUACAGCAUACUAUACACCAACUCAAAUGGCAUUCGAGUUCUCCGAGGUUAUUGGAAAGCCUACUGCUGCUGUAAAGGUCCCCUCAGAGGUAUUCAAGUCGUUCCUACCGGCGCCCAUUGCGCAAGAAAUGCUUGAAAACAUGCUCCUCCUCGAAGACCCAGGAUACUACGCCAAGGCUGACCUCGCGAAGAGUUUGAGUCUUGUCAGCGAGAAGCCUACUACCUGGAAGGCUUUCGUUGAGGAGAAUAAGGAGAAGUGGCUUUAG